CCGCUACAGCUCUCGAAAUAAUGGAUCUCGACCCGCUCGACCCCGAGUACGUUGCAGAGACACUCUCCCGCCUGCCCUUUGUCUCCAUCGGCGGCGUCGUCAACGUUCGCGAUCUCGGCCACUACCCCACACAACAUCCGGGUCUUGUCACCAGGCCAGGCAUCGCGUACCGUGCCGGCGAGAUAUCACACAUAACCCCAGAGGGGAUACAGCAGCUCAAGGAGCUUGGAAUCACUACUGUCUAUGAUCUCCGUUCAGACACGGAGAUGGUUCGAUACGAGACCCCCAUUCCCUCCGUAGACGGCGUCGAGAUCGUGCACACACCUGUCUUCAAGACAGAGGACUACAGCCCAGAAGCGAUGGCAAAACGCUUCGAGCUCUAUGCGAGUGGCAAGACCGAGGCCUUCAUGGUGCUUUACUCGCAAAUCUUAGACAGCGCCGGCCCCGCGUUCGGCGUUGUCCUUCGCCACAUAAGGGACAAGCCAGAUUCCCCUUGCCUGUUCCACUGUACAGCGGGAAAGGACAGGACAGGCGUACUCGCCGCACUGCUGCUCAACCUGGCCGGCGUCGAUGACGAGACGAUAGCGCGAGAUUACGCCCUGACACGCGUGGGCCGCGAACCCGCACGAGAGAUGAUCAUGAAGCGCUUGUCCAAAGUGCCAUAUUUUGCAACAAACACCGAGGCCGCACUAAACAUGUUCUCGUCGCGAGCCGAGACGAUGGUCGCUUUUCUACAGAUGCUCCAAACACGCUACGGAGGCGUCGAAGGAUACCUCAAGAACGUCGUCGGGCUGACAGAUGACGACAUCGCUACCAUACGCAAGAACUUCCUGGUUCCCGCCCCUUCAACCGACCCCAAACCCACACCGCUCGCUCGCAGCUAGCGUUCAACAUUUGAUAGUGUAUGGAUGGCUUGAACUGUCCUCCCUGCGUUUACUCCGCAUUGCUUCCAUCAUCGUAAUACCACGCCUAUAGUGUACACCCGACAACUACGCUGCUGUGUAACAAUAGUCUAUAGACACAUCUCCGUGAUGCUAAUAUAUCACUCCAGGGCUGACCCCGCC